AUGUCAUCACAACCACCGCGCGGACCAAGAGUCAGGGGUGGACGGCCACGAGGACAACCGGGACCGACGCCCGUCGUGGCUCCCAAGGCGGUGCCCUCUACCAAGCGCAUCGUAUGGACGGUCGCCUUUGCCGCCGUUACGAUCGUGGGUGCCAUUUAUGGCGCGGGACUAAAGACUCAACAAGAGUACAAAGCUGAAAAGCAACAAAUCAUCGAGUCCACCACGGAAGACAGAAUCAGCGACCUUGAAAAUCGAAGGGCACUUCUAAUGAAUUCGCGGAUGCCUCUGGAACGGAAAUUGACUGCCCUGCAGGCCAGGAUGAAGGCCAAAGAGGCCGAGGAGCAGGCCAAACAGGCUGCGGCACAAGUACCCGGGACCAACGCAAAGUGA